AUGUUCAGCUCGGCGGUGCGCGCCUCGCGCUCGGCAUGGAAGGGUAAGUACAUGGCGCAGAAGCGCAUCACCGCUGUGGUGCAGCGUCCCUUCUUCGUGCCCUUCCCGAACUUGCAGCAGGCCUUGAAGAACAACACGCCUAUCCGCACGAAUGCGCGGAGCUGCACCAUCCUUCCGAACUUUGUGGGACUCAAGUUCCUUGUGCACAACGGCAAGCACCACCUGCCCGUGACGAUUACCGAAGAAAUGGUCGGCCACAAGCUCGGCGAGUUUGCCGUCACGCGGAAAAAGUUCAGCUACCGUCUUACGAAGAACAAGUAA